GCCCUCACGGCGCUGCCGCCGAGCUCCGGCGCCCCCGGGCGGGGCGGAGGGGCGGCGCCCGCCGAGUCGUGAGGCGAGGGCGCCGCUUCCUCUCGGCUCCGCCGCCGCCGCCCAGCAUGGACAGCAAACCCCUGCUGCAGGAGCGGCCCCCCGCCUACAGCCCCGCCGCCCAGGGCGCGGGUUACGACUACGGGCAGAGCAACUACGGCUCCAUCGCCCCCCCGCAGCCCGGCUUCCAGCCGCCCCCGCCCUACCCCUACCCCGCGGCCGCAGGGUAUGCUGUUCCUCCACCGCCAUCACAGCCAAACUACUCAAGCACAUACACCAUUAUUCAACAGCCUGCUACCACCACUUCUGUAGUAGUUGUUGGUGGCUGUCCUGCCUGCAGGGUUGGCGUGUUGGAGGACACCUUCACCUGUCUGGGUGUUUUGUGUGCCAUUGUGUUCUUUCCAAUCGGGAUUCUGUUCUGUCUUGCACUGAGGCAGAGAAGAUGCCCUAAUUGUGGGGCAGCUUUUGGCUAAUGGGAUGAACAUGGAUGUGCUUAUGGAAGCUAAAAUUGUUAGCAUACUCUUUCUAAUGUAAAUGUCAUGUACAAUCAUUUUAUUUGCUUCAGACCUGUUUUGUAAAGUGUGAAGAAAUUUAGUCUCUUGCAUGUAAUUUAAACUUAAUCUUUUAUGGGCAUGUGCAUUGCAAAACAUGAAAACUCAACUUGUUUUCCAUGUUUAAUGGCACCUGUUGAAAACUAAAUAAAACUGCUUUUCCUUUUGCAAUCCUCAACUUGUGGCUGGAUUAUUAAGUAAGUGACUAACACGUCUGAUAACAUAUACUCUGACAUUAGAGUUAGUGAUUCUAGCUAUAAAGGACAAAUAAUUGCCAGAACCUUUAUAAUUAAAAAAAAAUAAAUAGGGUGUGGGCUUAAACAAAUACAGCCCUGUCAGAUGUCUUUGAGGCAAGUGGUGCAAGUGAUGUGUGCUAGCACUAUGCUAACGGCUCCUCUCUCUUCUGAAGGCAGUCAUAAUAAACUAAGAGCUCUGUUUUAAUUAGUGAAGGUUUUGCUGAUAGGGAAACACGUGACCUCCAAGGGCUGCAGUGGCAGUGUCCUGUCUGCUACAGGAGAAGCUCCCCAAAGCUGUGGGAUGGGUAUUAAUUUACAGACUCCGGACUGUGCAGCAGUGCUCUUCUCUAGAAAGAGGCUGUGGCACUGCCCUGAGUAGAGAUUUUUGCAUUUCAGAUUAGUUAAUGCUGAUGGUCUAGGUUGCCUUACCUCUAACAUGCUUCACAAAGUGGAGUCUGUCAUGGGUUACACUUGUGAAAAACAGUGUGUUUCAAAAUGGGAUAAUGGAUAUUAAUGCAAAGUUCCAUAGCAAAUGAAGUGUCCUCAACCUUGAGCUUGAAAGGCAGUCGGAGAGGAGGUGGUGGAAUGAAUGGACUCUACCUCUGCAGCCAUCACAUGCUCAUAUACUAUUUUUUGAUAUUAAGUAACUGAAAGGCAUUUCACAUGACUUGAAUUCACCAUUUAUAGCAGUAGAAGACACAACAGAAUGAUGUCCAUGGGACACUGCAGGAAGCAUGUACAGACGUAGAGUGAUUUAGAGCAAAGAUUAAUCAUUGGCAGUAGUCACGAUACAGGCUUCAUCCUGCAGGUGGGGAAUAGCACCUGAACAGUGAUAAAAGCACCCUGUGCUGCUGCAGAAUGAAGGGUCAUUUCCAACAUUCUAGGCCCAUUUCUGAGAUGAUUUUUACUGUUGGAAAGCUCUUUCAGACAAGCUAGCUCUACUGGAUUUAGGAAGCCUAAGCACCUGAAGUUAAAAGCUGUAUUUCACUCCACUCAUACUAUGCCGGGCCAGCAUUCCUGCCAUUGCUACGCUCCCUCACAAAAAAGUUUCAAACUUCCCUAUUUCUUUUUUUUUUCCUUCCUAUUUAUUUUUUUUGUGGAAGGGAUGCAGUAAUGGAGGAACAUCAAAAGCAGCUUUUUAUAUUAGUAUUUGAGAAAAAGGUCAUGGCACUGUUUUAUUAUGACUUUUUAUAAGAUUGAAGUUUGACAGUGUGUUUUAAAGAAAAAAAAUCAUUCAAGAUGUGUUAACAGUACAACAUUAGACUUAAAAUAGGUUUAUGUCAACACUUGAAAAUUUGUAUCUGGACACUAAGCAAAGCAUUACAAAUUGUCUAUUCUUGAAGCAUAAAUAUUUAUUUAUAACCUAGGGUGUCUGUUUUAAACAAAAUAAUGUAUAAUCACUUUAUACAGGCAAUUCUCUAGUCUGGAAUAAGGCAGCUGUUACAUUGUUCUGUUUGGGGGAAGAAGAACCCAACCUUUUCCGUAUUUACUAAGUGGCAGAGGCAGGCUUAUGUACCAGAACUUACCAUUGCAGGUUCCAAAUAAUGAAUGCCACAGAUUCAGAUGUGAGCUAUUAGUUACACUGGUUACUAGAGUAUCCAAACUACCUCCAGCAUUUUCACAACUCCUACUACAAAAAAGCAUACUGUAAAAUCAAGCCAAAGUGCUCAAACAUUAGCCCAAAGCAAUUAAUGCAUUAGAAAGUAUAG